CAACCUUUGCUCAUGGCAAGCAAUGGAGACUUGGGAAGCCUUCGAUUCGCAGCCAGUGGGGGAGAUGACAGCUCUCCCCAGGUCUGUGAUGAAACUCAAGGGUAUCCAGCAUUUGAGGUGCGGCCCGAUGGAUAUGCUCACCAUGGUUAUCCGAGGAUGCAGGACAUUGAGGACAGGUUCGGCAACAGUCCCCUGGAUCGACAUAGGGCAAACUCUUGGGCCUCUUGGCACUUGACAGAUGUAGAGGAGUCGCUGGCGAUCGAACCCGAUGGCAGCCCCUCCAGUCCAUCUGCGUCACCUCUAAGAGAGGUGGAUACCGAAGAUCCUACUGACACUGCCGAUCCGACAUCGCUUGAUCCAGCGGCAAAGCGAAAGGCCCGGAAACGGCGGAACAGCGAGUUCUUCAACCGUCCCAUGUUGCUGCCGGCGCUAGGGACCAUGAUGGCCCGGCACCACUUUGCCAGUCAGGUGCCCAGGGGAACGCUCCAAGGUCGGCUGCAGGUACUGCGUGCAGGCGGCCUGGGGCUGAAACGACCCCGCUAUGGGCUCUAUGUGAUCCCGCCCCACUCUGAGGAGGUGCUGUUGAUGGCAGCAGAACGGCAGAGCCAGCUGAAGUUGGGUCCGUACUACGUGAUCUCCUCAAACGCUUUGGAUUUCGAUCGCGACUCGCCGUGCUUCUUGGGCCGGCUUUCUGGGAAUGCCACCUGCACACAAUACCUGUUGCAUGGGCAGAGGAUCGGUGGAAGUGGAACGAGUGGAACGAGUGCAACGCUGCGAGAGGAGCUCGCAGCGUUGCGCUUCAGGAAACCCACCGAUGCUCCCAGGAGGAUGCAGGUGGUGUUGCCCAAUGGAACCACCAGCUACUCUUCUCGCAGUGGUCAGGAGGGCCAGCUCUUGGCCGCUGCAGAGGGCACCAUGCCACGACAGCAGUUUGGCUACAUGGUGAACACAUCUCCGACGUGGGAUGCAGCUCGAAAGGUCUAUCGCAUGAACUUCCACAAUCGUGUCAUGCGCGCAUCCUCCAAGAACUUCCAGCUGAUCAAGGCUGACAGCAGCUUCAAAGCGGAGACGCCGGAAUUCCUGGCUAUGCAAUUCGGCCGGGUGGAUGAGACGUCCUUUUCCUUUGAUGCUUCUGGGCCAUUGAGCCCCUUACAGGCGUUUGCGAUCGCGCUCUCAGUAUUUGAUGAUCGCGUCUACGAAGCUUUGCGCAUCUACUACUGAUCCAGUCAGGAGACUCUGCAAGAGAUCAUGGAAUAUUUUCUUGAAACGCCGACAUACACACAAUGGUUUCAGAUAUUUUCUUGAAACUCUGGCAUAGACAAUUGCCUAGUUUGUGCAAUGCAAUGCCAGACUUUCUUCAGCGAAAAAACAGAUUUCGACACAUUGCGACCAACUGGUGCAAGAGAACCA